CUAUAUAAAGAGUGUAAACGGUGCAAAUGCAAACGAAACGAGUAGACUUGUCGAUAGCGGGAAAAACAUUGAUAUUUGUUAGAAGCAAUGUGUAAAAAUCAAUUUUCCAAUAAGAAUAUUAUGUGUUGUUAUCUAAGACAAAAUGGAUAAUAGUAACAAGAAUUUGCACAACAUCAUAGACACGAUCGAAGAUGAUUAUAAGGCAAAAAAAAUGAAAGAAUCAACUUUAUUGUUGAAACAAAAAAUGUGCAAGACGAAUGAUUUAAUUAAGCAAUAUAUCGAAAAAGUGAGAGAAUUUAAUUGUUUGAAAUCAGAUUUGGAAGUUACAAAGAAGGAUGCAAAUUAUAUGAAAUCCAGAUACAAAUCUGUCACAGAUGAGACAAGAAAACUAGAACUUCAAAUUGUAGACGAUAAAUUGAAAAAUGAAAAGUUAUCAAACAAGACAAAGGAAUAUGAGGUAAAUAUAGCUGCAGAUAAGCAAACUAUACAACAAUUAACGUGUAGAAUAAAAGAGUUGGAAGAUGAGUGUUCUACUAAAAUUAUGGAGUAUGAUCUGCAAAAGUCAUCUUUCAAAGAUAAAAUUAAACAUUUGGAACAUGAAUUGCAAAAAUUAAAAGUGAUGCACAAAAGAAAGGAGAAAAAAGUUAUUUCCAACAAUUCUGAUACUGCUAAAUUAAGUUUGGAGACAAAAUCUAGUUCGGAUAUUGGUAUCAAUGUAUUAUUACGUGAUGAUAAUGGACUAAAUGCAAAACCUGAGGUACAAGAAAAAAGCAUCAUGACUGAUGAAUUUUAUAAUAUCAAAGAUGAUCUGUAUCCAUUAUUUUGUGCAAAAUGUGAAUCUCAUUUGCCUUUAGCCCUAACACCUGAAAAAAUAUGCAAAACAAUGUGCACAUAUCCAGACUUGAUAGAAAAAAAUUUUUAUCCACCAUCAAAAGAAGUUCUUUUGUCCCCAUGUUUAGUUCCUAAUACAUAUCCAGAUUCUACAAAUAGAAAUGAAGAUGUUCUCUCUAGAGCAUUAUCUAUGUCACAUUCGAGCCCAUGUAACCAUUAUAACGAUUCAACAGUUAACAAUCGGAAAUCUCAAUCGAUAUUUCACUCGAUGUCUGCUACAAUGCAAAAUGAAAAUGAUGAAUUAAAAAAUACAAAUAUUACAACGCAUACACCGAUUGCAACUAAACCAUCUAGUAAUCUCAACUCAAUUUCCAAAACAUGUACUUUGUUUCAAAGUAUGGAUUGUGCGAGAGAGAAUUUCUGUUCCAAUGAUUUAUUAGCUAAGCAUUCUUCAUCUAUUGAAGAGAUAAGGAAGCAAAUUCGAUUAUUAAAAGGUCAAAUGAAAAAAUUUAAAAGAUUGAAAGAAAACCCAAAUACUAAUUCUUGUCAUUGUAUUAUAAAUCAUAACGAUAAUACUUUGCUAAAUUCGAAUCUAGUUACCAUAAUUUGCAAAGGCAUUGCAGAAUAUUACGAUAAAAGGAAAAAGACUUGCUCUAAAAAUGUGGGAAAUAUUGAUUCAGAGAAAGAUAAAAAGAUAAAACUGAAAAGACGUCGAUUGAACAAAUAUAAUGAAGAUAAAAAUGUAUCUGUGUGGAAAAUUGAGAGCUUUGAUGAGAGAUAUCUACAAGAUACACUUUAUAAUAAAUCUGAAGAUACUAUGAAAACGACUGCAUGUGAUAUUUUACAAUCUAAGCGUAAAUUAUGCAUAAAUAAGAGUAAUGCAAUAUCGUAUGUAAAUGCGUCCAGUAAGUUCCGUAAUGACAUUGAUGAUUAUGACAAAAGAAAGUUUAUUUUCUGCAAAGAGAAUGCAUUGAAUUCAGCAGAAAAGGCGAUUGUUGAGGAUGAUCUAACGACAUCGCAUUUAAGUACUGACAAAUUAUAUAAUAGUAUUGAAGAAAUAAGCAAUAAUUCCUUAAGUGAAGAUAAUACGAAAUUUGUCGAUUUGGGGAUGAAAGUUUCAUCAUGUAACAGUGAUAUUAGUAUUGAUGAUGCUGAUAUAAUUUCGAAAGAAAAUAAAAUAAAAAGAAAGAGUCAAAAUAAAACGAAAUAUAGCGAUCGUUUGUUUAAAAAAAUUCGUAACUUAAAGAGAAAGGUGCAAACAAAUUCACAUGUAAAUAAAGAAGAGAGUAUUGAAUUACACUCUGAUUAUCAUAAACCAAUAAAAAAGUUGCGGAUUGCACAUACUCCAAAAACAUCAGUUCUCCAAUGGAAUACCGAUCGAGAAGAUUUUACACAUUGCACUAUAAAAAAUAUAUCUAAUUUAGAAGCAUUUCAACAAAAGUAUAAUCAACGCUUAAAUACACAAGUUCUGAAAGAUAAGUUAUUAACUGAGAAUAAAGAAGAUAGUACAAUAAGCGAGAAAUGUGAUGAAAGAAGUGCUGAAAAAUAUAGUGAAACAAACAGUAUUGAUGAUGAAAGAUCUAUCAGAAAAAUACAAGAGAGAAACUUAGUCUCGACAAAUAGUGAAAGUUGUCUUCAAAAUAACGACAAUUUCACUCUGUCUGUUAUGGAUAUUGAAUGUGUAUCUACAGUUUCGGAAUUUGAUAAAUCUGAUGAUGUCUCCGUUGAAGAUUCAAGCAAAGAAAGUAUAUCAGUGGAGGGAAUAACGGUAGGAAUGUCAAAUAAUUGCAAUGAGCUUGAUGUAUCACAUAAUAAUGUCCCAGACAACAUAGCAAAAGAUUUAAAGCUUGAAAAAUCAAUCUCACUAAAAACACAAGUCAUUAUCCAAUCAGAAGCUAGUGGUCUCUGUAAAAAUUCGAAAUAUGACACAUAUAAGUUUACUGAAAAUUUACAAGCAAAAUCGACCGAUAUUAUUAAAAAAGGAAUAACACCGAGUGUUGAAUUGGAAUACAUUUGUAAUACAACUAGAGACGAAAGUUGUGACAAUCAUGAGAUACCGAAGAAUAUGGAUACAAAUGAUGAUUCAAUGUCGAAUCAAUCGAUUGGGAUAGAAGCAACGGGACAUGAAAAUCGUAAUAAUCAUAAUAUAUCUAAUGAAGUUUCUGAAAUACAAUAUUUGCAGAGAGACAAUGAAAUCAUUAUUGAGAAUUGUACAUAUGACAAUGGUGUAGACGAAUCUCUCAACAAAGUAAAAAAUACAUUAGGCAAGCAAGGAGAAGUGUAUGCUAAUGAUAAAAUAACUGAGAUACAAACUAUUGAAAUUCAGAGAGAAAACCUGAAUGAACAAAACAAAGAAACAAAAUUUAUCAACCAUGUCCUCUAUGAUAAUGUCGAACAAUUUCAAACACCAAUGUCUCAACUAACUACAUAUAUUAACAGAAAAUGUAUCAACCGUAAGCUGUCACAGAAGAAGAAGACAUAUGAUUGUACAAUUACAGACAGGUUUGUGAAGAAACAAUUGAAAAGGCUUAUAAAUAGUGCCUGGGAAAAUUCUGUACAUUACGAUGUAAUACAAAAAUUAGCAAACACAUGUGGACCACGUAUUAUAGCCAAAUGUAUAGUUGAAUUUUUGUUAGAGCAUGUCGAACAUGACGAUGCUCUGGAUAAAUCAUUCACUCCUCCAGCACCAUUGAUGGCAACAUAUGAGCAGAAAAUUACAGCAUUAUUAAUCGAUUUAGAGGUGUCGAAACCAACGGUUCUUCACUUUGUACAAGUUGCUAUUGAAUAUAAGCUAUUCAACCUUUCUAGUGAAGUGAAGAUGCGAGUUGGCUCACUCACGCGGAUGUAUCUCGUCCUGUCACGUAUCCAGAAAGACAGAGAAAGAGUACGCAUAAUGUGCUGCAAUGCUCUCUACUGCAUGAAUCUUAUGUCGAUAAAUGUUUUAUAUACAGUACUUACAUCUUGGCCUGAAGUACUUCCCAAUGCUGAGAUUAACAAUGAAAUAUUACCAACGUGCAUAGCCUUUCUUAUCGGCUCGCAACAAAUCCAGGGUACACCAUCAAAAAAAUUAUUAAAGAAAUUACUUGCAUUAAAGACAUUAGUAUCGACAUUUUAUAAAUAUGCUUAUACUAAACAAGCAAGAGAUGAUAUUGUUAAAGAGCUCAUGACUCUUCUCAAAGCUAAACGGACUAAUGGUUUAGAUACAGCCAUUAUACUUAUUGCAAAAAGAGGAGGAUCAUCUUGGACAUAUAAAAAUAUCAUUCAAUCUGCUCUAUUGCCAAUGAUUAUCAACUAUGAACAUCCUUGUAUAUAUAGCGCGUUUUCUCUACUUGGAAAGCUUAUGCGCGCAUUUCCAUUAGAAGAUAAAGACAAUAUUGUGCAGGAGAUUAGUGAACAGCUCUGUGAUCUUAUCCAGUCUGGCCAAGGUACACACGAUCAACAAGAAGGCAUAAUAUCUGCAUUGCUCAGUCUUUCCAGACAGAAAUUUGAUGUUGUUGCACCGUCUAUAAUAAGGUGGGCGCCGGAAAAAUCUUUAAGGCCAACUGUCAUCACACAGUUACAAGCGUUUAUAAAUACACAUAAUCGAAAAUUUUGGAAAAAUUAUUUACAGCGUAUCGAAUCAAAAUAAAACAUGUUAUGCCAAUUGUGUUAAACGACGAGAUUGACAUUUGUAUCUUUCAAUUAUCAUUGUAAUCUGUUUUACAGCUAAUUAGAUAAAAAUACAAUGACAAACAAGAUAUCUUAUGGACAUGUUGCGCGAUUAUAAUGCAUGUUGUUUACAAAUUGACGAUACAGUCCAUUCAUUUUGUUUUAGCGAAAUAUAUAAAUAAUGAUUUAAUUUUAUUUUGCGCUUAAUUUUAUAUAUUAUAAACUUUAUUCGCGCGUAUAAUAAGUUUACAUAAAAUUUAGGUUUUCCUUUAUUAUUAGUUUACAUACUAAAAUAUUUAUUUUAAAAAAUGUAGACAAUAUAACAUUUUUUUCUAAAUGCUCUUCGUGCUUCGCGCUGUUAUAAAAAUCACUAGCAUUUUUAAUUUAUUUUGUGUUUGUAAAACUCGUUUCAUAUUUUGUUACGAUAUAUAUUGAAACGUUUCCUUGUGAUUUAUAGAUAUAAGAUAUUUUUCGCGUGUAAAAAAAUACGUAAAUAUAAAAUACAUAUUAGUAGACAUUAAUAGACAUUAUUUAUUUUUCUCGAAAUUUCUUUGCUAAAAAUAUACUAGAGAUAAAAUUAUCUCUUCUUUCCAGUCAUUGUAAGGUUUAAAAAAAAUCUCAAAAAUAAUGUUUUCAAAGUUGCCAAGCUAAAUAACAAUUUAAAUAGGCUCCGUAAAUUAAGGCUCUUGAUUCUCCUUGGUACAGUUAUAUUGAAUUAUAACACAGUUUAAGUUAUAUACAUGCAUUUACAAAUGAGUAAUCAUAUACCUUUUUUUCUUGGUUACACAUCGAAAUAAAUUAAUUUUUUUCACAUACUACCAUUCGCCGAAAAUAUAAAUUAACAAGAUAUAUCGAAAACUCUUUUUUUGUUUGUCAAUUAUCCUGUGUUUUAAUAAAUGCAUGUAUAUAAUUCAAUCGGCAUGUUUCGGUAUAUUUUCCGUAAAAACGAACAUUUUUAUAGUUGAUCAAAAUUUACAGCUAUUUAUAAUUAAACGUUUAAUUCAUAAGCCGAAAAGAGUCUGAUAUAUAUAUUUUACCCAUCUGUACUGUCAGACACGAGUGGGAUGUCGUGUGGACAAAAUUCAUUUGAAUCUAUAAUGUAAGAAAAUAAAGAUAUUUAUACAUGAUUUUUCGCAUCUGAUGUAAUCUAAUGUCAUAAAUGCAAUAGUAUGGCUGCAGCAAAUAAUUAGGAAAACCUUCAAAUUAAGAUAAUUAAAUAAAAAUAAAAUAAAGAAAAAUUAAUUAGAGAAUCGAUCCAUUAUGACAAAGGAAUGGCAAAGACAAUCUAUAUUUUGUAGCCAGUCACUUUGUCGUUUUUCUUCGAUCUUUUUAUCUCAUUUUCAAGAUUUCCAUAUCGUUUUAUAUUUCUUAGUAUGUAAUUAUACCAAGCAAAAAAAUGUAGUGAAACGAAAUAUUGCUCCAAAAAAAGUAUAUUAAUAAUCAUGAGAUUUCGGUCAAUUUUAAUCUGAACUCCAUUUAUGGAAAGCAUACGUUAUACUACCUGAAUAUUGAAUUGUAUACAUAAAUAGGUAUUAUAAAAUAUCUAUUUUUUUAUGAAAUAUUAUUUGGAUAUAUACGAUGAGCUUGAUAUUGCCGCUGCGUGGACAUAUAUGAAUAAAAUGUUAAUAAAAGAAAAUAUAUAAUGAGAUAUGAUAACGCUAUAUCUAUGCAAAUAUCGACAUUUAUGCUAGUCUUAGUCUUUUCGAAACAAAAUUAUAAGUUUUUAUUUUUAAUAUAAUAAUAAUGCUGUGAGAGAGAUAAUAAAAGUAUAAUCAUAAUAGUAAUAAUAAUAUAAUAGAUAAUAUAAUAUAAUAUAAUAAUAAUAAUAAUAAUAUAGAUAAUAUUCAACAUAUAUAUCAUAAAAGCUUCCAACCACAGAGCACGCUAAGUUAGUACAUGUAUGUAUACAUGGUUUCUUUAUAAAUAAUAACAAUAUAUUUUGGAUGCGUUGCCGAGCGGUGUAAUAUUUCUUUCUUUUUGUUUUGUUUCCAAAAUUCUAUUUAAAUAUAACUUCUUCCCUACAUCAAUGUCUGUUUUCUCUUUCUCUUCUUUUUUGCACACGCGCGUUCUUGUUCUAAUCUCUCUAAUGAUAAGCAACUAAUUCUUCCAUUUAAUCGAUGUCUUUGGUACAUUAACAUCGGGCAGCAUGCUAUCACAUGCUAUGGAAGUUUGGUAUAUCAGAUGAGGAUACUCAUCACAUUGUCUGCUGCCAUAAAGUGCGCUUCAAAUAUGCUUCCGAGUUCUCGAACAUUACACGGACAAGAUUGUUAUUUCUAAGAGCUCAAUGUGCGAGAAAUGGUGACGCGAAAUAAAUAUCAGGAUAUUUCGAUUUUAUCAGGGAAAUUCUGAAUAAAAUUCCAAGAUCGAUAGUAUCAUGUGUAUGCAUAUAAAGAGAGAGAGAAUAAGGAAUUAAUAAAACUAUAAAAAUGUUGAUGACGUUUUUGCGUAUAUAUAUAUAUAUAGAUCGAACGGAAAAUUCAUGCAGUUUUUUCGAUCUUUAUCUGUUAGCAAAAAACGGCACGAGCUUUCCGUUCAACCCAGCCCAAUAUAUAUAGUGUGAUUAAUAUAAUUAUAUCUGAUAGAUAUCAUAAUAUAGCGUGAGCAAUAUUAUAUAUUAUUAUUGCAAAUUGAGUGACAAUAUUUGAGAAAAAUAAGAAACUAGACUUUACUCGGUAUAUUGUUUCUUGGCGGUUUUGCAGGAUUUGUGCUACGAUCAUUUACUGAAAUAUAUGAUUUUUUAAGGAAGAAGUACUAUAUAUAUAUAUAUAUAUUCAUUAGAUUUUUGUGCAAGUUUUAGAUUGAAUCGUGACUUUAGAAAUAAUUUUAUGUAUGCGUGUGGUGCGUCUGAAUUUAUAGGAAUGAAAAAUUUUUAAUAAUUUUAAUUGGCGAAUGUAUCUUUUCGUCUUGCCAUAAAAAUCAUACGAUAUCGUUUAACAGUAAUUAUUUCUCUGUAAUUAACAUGGUAUAAUUUAAAUAAUGUUAUUUAUCCAGAUUAUUAUGAAAUAGUUGUAAAACUAUCGCAAAGAAAAUGGCAUUUGUGUCAUUUUUUUGGAUGACACUUUGGUGUUGUUAUUUUACAUGUAUUUCAUGUAAUAUAGUCUUUUUCGCGCGCGGAAUACAAUACGCGAUGCUGUCUUAUGUGCUAAAAUGCCAAAUCAUUGGUACAUUAAUUGAUCAUGUUACGUAUACUCUUUUGAAAUUGCUUAUUAUAAUACUUCGUAUGAUCGCUGAUAACGAUAAUGUACACGAUAUAAAAAUGACGCUCUCUCUCUCUUUCUUGUUUGACUAAUUUGGCCGAGUCAGAAAAAAGCCUUAAAUGAGAAAAAAGGCCAAUUAACCAAAAUUGGAUGACACGAAAGAAACAAAAGCAUCAGGCAAAUGUAAAACAAAAAAAAAAACAAAAACAAAAAAAGACCGCGCGCGCACACGAUUGUUUUUAAAUUAUAAUAGGAGUUAUAAAAUGUUAAAAAGAACGAAUAAUUUUUCAACAAUGAAAACUACCAUGAUUCAUUAAAUAUAGUCAUUGGCAAAUUUCUAUAGAACAAAUCGCAACUUGUGACUUGCAUUAAUCCAUAUAUACACACAACAUAUUACAUAUAUAUAUUUUUUUGAGACCUUAAAUAUAUUUCAGAUAUAUUAUAUUUUAUGCUAUGGAAACGUAUACAUCAUUUUGAGUAAUAUUUUGACAGUUAUUUUACAUGGAUACUAAUUUUGUUAUAUAUUCGUUCUUUUUUAACAAGCUUCUUAUACACACAUAUUUUAGAAAUUUGUACUUUUGUGACUCUAUUAUUGUUUUAUUGGUAAAAAAUUAUUUGUUCGAAUAUAAAUGUAAGAUUUCUAAUACAAAUUUUUCUUUGUAUAUAUAAAUAUCGCCGAGAUCUUUAAUUUAUUAAGACAACUUAUUAAAAUACUUAUUGAGUACUCUGUG